CAAUUGCAUCCGGGCGUGAUGAUAAUACCUGGGCACUUGCUGCUGGAACUGGCGCUUGCCGUUCUUGUGGCAUCAGCCGCCCAUGGUGCCGAAUUGUGCGGUCUCACACCUACUCCAUCUUGCGGCGGUCACGAUUACUCGGCUGUAUUUCGCCCAGCUGAGCGUGGCAUAGACUUUGACAGCCUUCCUGGAUACACACGUAGCGCACAUUACGCUGACCAUGCGCUCAUCGCCGUAGAAAGCCGGGUCUUUGCAGGCCAGCGCGGCUGGAAAUCUACGCUGACCGCCCACUUGGUCUCACCAGCUCGCGGUGCCAACUUCGCCAUGUAUCUUGCGGAAAUGUCCGACGACUCGUCUGCUGAGCCCGCGAAGCCUGGCGUGGAGCGCUUCGUGCUCGUCCUGCAGGGCGAGAUCACCGUGUCGCAUGGUGCUAAGAACAUGGUCCUUGGCGCCAACAGCUAUGUGUACUUCCCGCCCAACUCCACCGACACGCUUUACUCGGAGGAUGGCGCCGGUCUGCUCGUGUACGAGCGUGUAUACGCCGCCGGCGGCAAGCCCGUCUUCAGCAGCGGUGACGUGGAGGAGUCGGCGCUGUUGCCCACAGGACCCGAAGUCUUCAAGCUGCGCAAGCUGCUCCCACAGACUGCCGACUACGAUUUCAAUGUGCACAUCAUGGACUUCCAGCCUGGGGAGUACCUAUGGGUCAAGGAGGUGCACUACAACCAACACGGCCUUCUACUUCUCGAGGGCAAAGGCAUCUACCGGCUGGCAGACAAAUGGUACCCGGUUCAGGCGGGUGACGCGAUUUGGAUGGCGCCUUACGUGCCGCAAUGGUAUGCCGCGCUGGGGGCCUCGCCCACUCGCUACGUCAUCUACAAAGACACCACCCUUGACCCGCUGCUGGGCUAA